AUGGUCCGUAAUGAACAAGGUGGUGGUACCCACACUCAAACCGCACCACUCACGACUACACAAGCGAGACGCACAGAUGCUGUACCCAAGAAGCGUGGCCCAAAGACGGACGUGCUCGAGGCCCUCUUGAAGCGAGUAGACGGCCUUGAGCAGAAAUUGAAAGACCAAAAGUCUGCCGAGUCUGCUUCGAGUUCCGAGAGAGACUCGGCAGCAGCUGAUGAUUCGGCGGACCAAAAGCCUGCUCUCAGAGGUUCUGGGGAUGCGGCAUCCAAUCUAGCAAGUAUCGAAGCCAAUCAGUCACGGCAGGGAGGUGAAUCAGCCAUUUACUCCCCUCCAGCCACAAACGAGCCGUCUCCGGGUGUACAAACGACCGCUUUAUUAGACACGUACUUUACUCGAUUCCAUGCCAAACCUUACCAUGUACUUGAUGAGUCCUCGGUCCGUCAAAGACUACAACUCAAUCAGGUACCAGUAUAUUUGAUGCAUGCCAUCUAUGCUGUCGCGGCAAGGUACACUCCUCAUCCUGGUGGUUACCAAUCAGCAGUCAAACUCAGCGAGGAUUAUGCUGCUCGUGCCAGGGGUGAGAUCGACACGGAUGAGCCGUCUGUCGACGCUCUGCAAUCAUUACUGUUGCUCGUGACUUCGUUCACCGCCGCCGGGAAGGGAAAGAAAGCGUACAUGCUGCUCACCAACGCUGUGGGCAUGGCCAUGGCCCUUGAGCUCCACAGGGAACUGGAUGAUCAAGCCUGCGUCACUCCAGUCGAGCGUGAGGUCCGGAGACGACUGUUUUGGGCAUGCUACCUGCUUGAUAGAUUCAUGGCAUGCGGCUCCAAGCGCCCUUCUCUCAUCGGAGAUCAAACCAUCCUCCUACGCCUGCCCAGCUGGUCACCAAAUCCGUCAAGCCUUCCGGUCGACGGCGAAUUCUUCCAAAGCGGAUCCAACCUCCAGUACCUCCAGGGCAAUGGCAAGAAAUCUCAAGGCAGCAACGGCAUGCUCAUCGACAUUAGUCGUAUCCUCGGCAUAACCAAUCGCUACCUGGCCGCCGGAGGGGUAAAAGGCGACUCCCACUUCCCGUGGCACUCGCUGUCCAAUUUGUCCAAGAUUCGGCAGGACCUGGACGUCUGGGCAUCCGGAACCGAGGAUGCAUUUUCGAGCCUGGACAGCCUCUUUGGACAUCCGGAUUCAACGGUUUUGGUAUUGAGUAAGCUCAUAUACCACUUGAUCCACUGCCUCAUCUAUCGGCCAUUCCUACCGAUCGACUUGGCCGAAUUGGCAGGGACAGGUCAGCACCAAUCCUGGCAAAUAGAGGCGACAAACAUGUGUUUCCUGCAUGCAAAUGCCAUUUCCGAGUUGGUGGAGCUCGGCAACCAGACAGGGAACAUUGAGUGGCCGGCCUUUGUCGGCUAUUGCAUCUGCACGGCCGGCACGGUCCACAUCCACGGUACCCAUUACAACACCACAGGUAUCGCAGGCGAGAUGAGUGUAUUCACCUCGUCCGCCGACUUCCUGUCGCGAGAGAUGCAGCAGCUCAGUGAGCUCCGCUACGCCUGGGCCAGCGUGCAGCACCAGCGCGAAACACUGCAGGGCAUCUACAACGCGCAUUCUGAAUUGGUCAAAAGUCUUUUGAAUAAUCCUAUGCGAUACUCGCCGGUCUUCCACCUCGAAGACUUCUUUGACCGAUACGCCAACAUCGGUGGGCCAGGUGGCCAGACAUUCAACUUUGAUGCCGCUAAUAUUAGCCUCUCCGACGUCAUUGUCGACUUUACCACGGAUGCCUACACAGGCCAUGACCUAUAUGCGCCUCGGCAUAGCGUGGUGUCUGAGGGCUCCGGGUCUGAGCGGCCGAAUCUGAAGCGCAAGAAGACAGCGCACUCCGGGAUCAAGCGACCUGAUAUGAAGAGUCUACAGCCCUUGUCGACAGGGGGGAUGAGCAUGCCACCAACUCCUCAAGGUCUCUUGACCCCCUCUCAUCCACCGCAAGGCUUCCCAAACCAAACCUUUCACUCGCAUUCUGCGGUACUCCACACGCCCACAGGAUUGCCUCAACACCAUAGCAUGCCGGGCCAAGACGCCCAACUACACAUCUCUCGAGGACUAGUCGACGAUGUCGCCGCCAGCGACGCGGCGGUCGCCGCAGCCGCUGCAGCCGGCUUUACCAUGGCCCACCACUCGGGCCAAGGUUCGCAUAUGGUGGCCCAGCAGCUGGCAACUGCAACCUUCAGUCCCCAGUUCAACUUCUCCCAGCUCGCAGGUCCGAGCGGCAGUGCCGCCGCCGGCGACAACUCGCAAAGCGCGGGAGCGGCAGGCCAGGAGCAGCUCGACAACGGCGGCACCUACGACCCCAUGUUCGGCACGAUCCCCACCAACGCCUUCUCGAGCCCGGCGGCUUGGCACGGCGGCGGCGACGACGCGAAGCCCGCGGGCCAGGUUCUCGCCCACAGCCCCGGAGAGCGCAGCAACAACGGCAGCGCCGGGACGGGGCCCGGUGAGGAGAAGGACCCGUUCCUCAGUCUGCUGGAGCAGCUUGCUGAGAGCGAGGGCGCGCGGGGCCUCAGUGGCAGUGGCAACGAUCUUGAUUUCUUCUUUGGGGUUGGGCAUGUGUCGUAG